UGCCACAAGGUUGCGGUAGUGAGAGAGGAUAAACUCGAAGCAAUGAAGUCUAAACUCGCCAUGGUUGCGAGCGUGCACGUGUACAGCAUUCAGAAAGCCUUGCUGAAGGACAGCGGGCCGCUCUACAACACAGACUACGAUAUUGUCAAAACCAACCUGCACAACUGCAGCAAGUUUAGUGCCAUUCACUGUGCCGCUGCCGUCCCCAGGCCGUCAGCCGACGUUUCUCAAGCGCAGACAUCCAUGCAGGCUGGUUCCCAGACGCCAAGUGACACGAAUGCUGUCAGCGGACCUGCGGUCAACGGCCACGCUCCAUCGACCGCUAAGCAGACCUCGCAGCAGCCCAAAGGGAUCAUGGGAAUGUUAGUGGCGAAAGCAGCUUCCAAACCCCAGGACACAAAUAAAGAGACUAAAGCAGAGGCUAAGGAGACCCCAGGUGUGUCUGCAGUAAGCAGCAAACCACCAGCAAAGAGCAACAUAAUGAACAACUUCUUUGGAAAAGCUGCCAUGAAUAAACUCAAAGUCAACUCUGUGCCUGAGCAGCCAAAGGAGGAGAAAGAAGUCGUCAAGCCUUCAGUUCCUGUAGCAGAACCAGAGUCAUCCCCUAGUACUGUAGCAGAGAAACCUGGGAAGAAGACAGAACCUGCUAGAAGUCAACAAAAGGACAAAAGAAGUAAAAUGAAGAGGGUGGACAAGUCGGAUGAUGAGGAAGAAAGAGAGCCUGGAAAUCUGAAGAAAAAGAGGAAGCGGAUCAAACAACUUCAGUCUGACAGCAGUGAUGAGGAAG